AUGUCGUCUAUUCAUACUACAACUGAUGAAGAAGAACCUAUAGUAACAUGUAGUGAAUUACUUGAACAAAUCGAAGAUGAAGAAGACGAAUUAGAUCGUGAACGAGCACUCUAUGGAAAUUGUGAUGUUGAUACAUGUACAUAUUCACAAGGAUAUGUUCGACGACAACCUUUAUUUGCUUGUAUGACAUGUAAUAAUAAUGGAGAAUUAAGUGGUGUUUGUGCAGCAUGUGCAUAUCAUUGUCAUGCCAAUCAUGACGUAAAUGAAUUGUAUACAAAAAGAUUUUUUCGAUGUGAUUGUGGAAAUUCUAAAUUAACUCAUCAACCAUGUAAAUUAUAUCCAAAUAAAGAUGCAGAAAAUAUUUUGAAUAAAUAUAACGAUAAUUUUCGUGGAAUUUAUUGUACAUGUAAACGUUCGUAUCCAGAUAAAGAAAAAGAAACAAAUGAUGAUGAAAUGAUACAAUGUAUAAUCUGUGAAGAUUGGUUUCAUAGUCAACAUUUGGGUGUUCCAUUACCAAUGGAAGAAAAUGACAUUAAUCAAAUGGAUAUGAUAUGUCAAGCAUGUAUAGCUAAAUAUAAAUUCUUAGCUAAUUAUGAUGAAUCUCGUGGUAUUACUCUACAACCAUCAAUAGAUAAUAAUGCAGCAGCUGCUAGUAAUAAUCUAUCAUGUCUUCUUCCUUCAAAUGCUAAUACUGAAGUUCAUACAAUAUUUUUACGAGAUGGUUGGAGAAAAAGAUUAUGUCGUUGUAUUCAAUGUUCUAAAUUAUAUGAUGAAUUAAAUUUAACACCAAUAUUUGAUGAUGAUGAUGCUAUACAAGAAUAUGAAAAACAAGCAUUAGCUAAAAGUGAAAAUCUUGAUGCUGAUAAAAUCAUAGCUGAUUCAUUAGAAAAUCUUGGUUAUGUACGAAAACUUGAAGUUUUACAUGAUAUAAAUGAAUUUAAAAAAUCUCUUGGUGAUUUUCUUCGUGAAAAGGCUGAUAGUGAUGGUGUAUUAACAGCUGAAGAUGUAACAACAUUUUUUGCUAAUUUAAAAGACAAACGUAAAGAACAACAACGAACAACAUUCAUACCUCCUGAUAAUUGUAAAUUCUAA